UGCAGUAAGUGUCCUUGGGGUGAUUCAUGCAUGCCAUUGACUAUGGGAGUUGGCCACAUACCUACGUAUAAACUAUACCUAUAAGCCAAUAGUCCCAACCCAACAGAACUACACAGAAGAAAGGGUGAAUACACAGAAACAGAUUUGAAUGGACAAGGAGCUUGUGACAAUGAGGAAUCAAAUUAUGCUUUUUGUGCUGUUUUUGUUGAUGACGAGUAAGGUGACCACUGCUGAUUUUGUGACCACUUCAACAACUGAUGUCCCUUCAACAACCCCUGUGACCACUUCAACAACUGAUGUCCCUUCAACAACCCCUGUGACCACUUCAACAACUGAUGUCCCUUCAACAACCCCUGUGACCACUUCAACAACUGAUGUCCCUUCAACAACCCCUGGCCCACUCUAUCCAUUUGGGGCUGGAGACACAGUGAGCUCCCGAUCCGAUGAUGGAAGUUCCCCUCCUAUAAUCCUGGAGCAGCCAUUUGUUUAUUUUGGAAAACCGUAUCAACAGAUAUACGUGAACCACAAUGGACAUCUGACCUUCAAUGAAGCAUUUGCCAGUUACAAACCAUACCGAUUCCCUGCAUUUUCCUCAAGAGAUCUGAUCGCUCCAUUUUGGACCGAUUUGGACAACAGGUGGAAUGGUACCAUCUCUUACCAGCAGUACAGCAGUGGUAGUGUUCUUCAACAGGCCACACAAGACAUUAAUCAGUACUUCCCAAACCUGGGCUUCUCUGUUAAUUGGGUCUUCGUUGCUACAUGGGAUAAGGUUGCCUACUACAACAAUUUUGGAACAGAAAUCACCUUCCAAGUGGUUCUGAUUGCUGGUGGCCAAUCCUCCUUCAUCCUGAUGAACUAUGGGGAGAUUGCACCAACAACUCAAGAUAUUCAGGCUGGCUAUGACACAGUCAACUCCAUCCACUACUUCUCGAUCCCGGGGUCAUUUGAAAGCAACGACACAACUUUCAGUAACACCAGCAAUGUCAAUGUCGCUGGUCGCUGGGCCUUCCAGACAAAUGCGACCACUUCAACAACUGAUGUCCCUUCAACAACCCCUGCUCCAACAUCUGAUGAGCCUUUCCCAGUUGAUGACUUCUGCAUAGAUUCCAUUUUUUGUAAAGGACAGGGUUUGACUGGUUCCGUUUAUAUGCUGAGCACUUUUUCAAUUCUGGUGUUUCUUACCAUUUUAAAUAAUUGAUUCUUACUUUGUUGCAGUCAAGGGAGUGGUUUUAUUGGCAGCCAUAGUGCAUGUGCUAUUCGUUUGGGAGAUUUCUCUUUCAAAGUAAAGGCUGGAGUGCCCUGGAAGAACAAAAGUGGGGAAGGAGGUAGCCUAUUGUCUAAUAUUCUAAACAGUAUUGUAUGUGCAGUUGCGCCUUUGAGUUACUCCAGAUCCACUCCCAUUUUCCUUGGGCCCUUCUUCCUGGGUGUUUUAAUGGGCCUAGCUAUUGUAUUGAUUUAUUUGUGUAGAUGGAUAACUUGAAAUAUAUUUACCUAUUCAUUAAAGUGGCAAAUUCCAAUAGAAACAAAGCGAUCACUGUGCCACUUUUUGAUAAACAGUCGAGGAAUGGGGCUGGAGAAAUGUAACCCAAAUUCAUAGAUGGAGCUAUGGGUGCAAGGACUGACUGAUAACUAUGUUAAACUGUUUCUGGACAGCGGUCAGAUGCGUGCUCCUGUGAUUUAGAUUGAGUUGUGUUGAUUUAGUUCUGAGCGUGUGUGAUGUUUUUAUUAUUUUGUAUCAUUGUUUUGGCCAAGCAGAGUGACGGUAAUUAAAUUAUGGUAAUUAUUGAGAUCUGGAUCUGCCCUGGGAAGGAUAAAAGUUGGAAAUAUUCUUACUUAUGGGAGCAAUUGUUAACCAAUCUCCUGACGUACUGUCAGAAUGCUCUAGGAAGCAGGAGGGUUGAAGUCAGGCGCAGGAGACACAAGUUCGUGAACACUCGUCUUUAAUAAACAAUCCACACUUGCCAAAAACAGGUAGGGCAGGGCAAGGUAAAACAAAUACCCAUAAACAGCCCGAACACACUGCCACAAAACCCACAGGCAGAAGGGAAAAAACACCUGUUCCCCAGACGUACAACCUGACGAAAAUAAUCACGCACAAACACAGACAUACCUUGCUAGACUAAAUAACCCCCCCCUACUAAUAACUAAACCAAAACAGGUGCGUGCCUACCUAGACCUAACCAACAGAAAGUGAAACAAAAAGGAUCGAUGGCAGCUAGUAGGCCGGCGACGACGACCGCCGAGCGCCGCCCGGUCGAGGAGGGGCGCCACCAUCCGUCGGUGUCGUGACACGUACAUUUUGUAUGUCAUUGUGGUAUUUUCUAGGCUUAUAGACUUAGAUAAGUGAGUAUCUUUUUACAUUGAAGACUUCUAGUAUUUUCUCUUUGAUAACUGUAUUCUUAUUGCACAACAGUAAUUAACCUGAUUACUUUUAAAUAUAUACUGGAACUCUGAUUGCAAGUAUUAGCUCAAAGUGCAGAUGUCUUAACUUCAUCACUCUUUGUGGCAGAGAAUUUUCCUGCUGCAUCAGGACAUUCAAAUGAGCCUUGUGAGUCCCUGAAAAAGAGUCAUUCUCUUUCUCUCCAUGCUGGGGCAGUCGAGUCAUUCGGAUCAGGGCUUGCGCUAAAAAUAUUUUUCUUGCUUUCUCAAACGUUAGGCCUAUGUCCUAUUACUGCAACACAUAUCUGUAGCCUAAUAACCUAUCUGUAGCCUAAUAACGUAUCUGUAGCUUAAUAACGUAUCUGUAGCUUAAUAACGUAUCUGUAGCCUAAUAACGUAUCUGUAGCCUAAUGACGUAUCUGUAGCCUAAUAACGUAUCUGUAGCUUAAUAACGUAUCUGUAGCCUAAUAACGUAUCUGUAGCCUAAUAACGUAUCUGUAGCCUAAUAACGUAUCUGUAGCUUAAUAACGUAUCUGUAGCUUAAUAACGUAUCUGUAGCCUAAUAACGUAUCUGUAGCCUAAUAACGUAUCUGUAGCCUAAUAACGUAUCUGUAGCCUAAUAACGUAUCUGUAGCCUAAUAACGUAUCUGUAGCUUAAUAACGUAUCUGUAGCUUAAUAACGUAUCUGUAGCCUAAUGUGUCAGCGUGGGUUUGAUUCCAGCCUGCACCCUUCAGGCACAAAUAACUCCAUCCCCCGAUUGACUUGAUCAGGUUACACAUUUCAAAUAUGGACAGUCUAUAGAUAUUUUACCCUCUCUCUUGAUAAGAAAUGGCCAUACCAGACACUUUUCGAUAACAUAAAUAAAAUAAUAACAGUAGGCCACACCAUCAUUAUUUUUCAUUAAUACAAAUAGUCUAGUAAAUUGCCACCGUAGAUUUGCUUGGUAAAAAAUGACAUUCUUUACCUCUGCUGUACAGGAUGCUUGUCAUAAAUCCCCCUUAGUCUGUUCAAAAAGGACUACGUUGUUACAAUUACAAUACCAACCAGAGGGCAAACAUAUCUUGAAAGACUUUGGUUCCAAGCAGGACUAAGGGUAACACCGAUUUCAUCUUUUAGGGAGCGGUAAGGGUGUGAAGUUUAUUCAUAGUAACGGUUACAUGGAGAAAAUCGGACCUUUGAAAUGAAAAUGGAUGGCCCUCCCUUCAACAAAAUAUAUGUUUACCUUAAUAGUGCCUAAAUGCAAAAAAAAGUAUUUAAAAAAAGUGACCCUCCCCUAUAUCCAAAAUAAUAAUUAAACAUAACGUGGGUAGUGGAGAACAUGUCUACCGUUUACCAUCACUUCUUGGACAGCCCCAAGUCCAGAACCUUAGAUUGCAGUUUAAGAAACUGUUCUUCGUCCUGUAUGCAUUACAUGGCAUUGCAGGAAUUUUGAUAGUGUACAGCUGGCAACCCUCAUUACGGACACCUGGCAACCAUUAUUACGCACACCUGGCAACCAUAUUAUGCACACCUGCGCCCCAUCAUGAGGCACAUCUGGAUUUCAUCACUCCCUGAUUACUUCCCCUUUAUCUAGCACUCCUUUGUAUCACCCAUUAGGUAGUAUUGUUUCCUGUUUUUAUGUUUUGACACGUCUCCUGUUUUUGUAUUUACUCCAUGUUCGUUCCUAUUAAACUCACCAACAUCCACCUGC